CAGCUUUCUCGGUACCAUAGGAAGGACUACGAAUCCCAGCGUACAGAGCGCUGCGCGAGGACACAAGAGGAGGAGCCCGGAGCCGUCUAGUCGCGGAACCAGGGGGCCCCAGCAUAUGGCGGAGGCGCCAUGGGGAAGCGGUACUUCUGUGACUACUGUGACCGCUCCUUCCAGGACAACCUCCACAACCGAAAGAAGCACCUGAACGGGCUGCAGCACCUCAAGGCCAAGAAAGUGUGGUAUGACAUAUUCCGAGAUGCAGCGGCCAUCUUGCUGGAUGAACAGAACAAGCGACCCUGCAGGAAAUUCCUGCUGACAGGCCAGUGCGACUUUGGCUCCAACUGCAGAUUUUCCCACAUGUCAGAACAAGAUCUGCAGGAGCUGAGCAUCCAGGUGGAGGAGGAGAGGCGGGCCAGAGAAUGGCCACUGGAGACUGCAGAGCUUCCUCAGGGCCACCUGGAGGACUGGCUGGAGAAGAGAGCUAAGCGACUCAGCUCAGCCCCAAGUAGCAGGGCUGAACCCAUCACAACCACUGUCUUCCAGUAUCCCGUGGGCUGGCCACCAAUGCAGGAGCUGCCCCCCUCCCUGCGGGCACCCCCACCCGGAGGAUGGUCGGCACAGCCUCGAGUCCAGUGGGGCUGAGCUCUUGCCCACCUCCCUGUGACCUGUCUCCUCAGUCACAGUAAAGACACUGCCCAACUGUGGAAGCAGAGCUGCCUUCCCUCCGCUUGCCCUGGGGCCUCUGAGCCUGGCCUCCCAUCCACCCACCAUCCCUCAGGGUGUUUCUCUAGAAGAUAGGUGAGAAACAUCCGAAUGUUUAUAAAGAAAGUCUGUCCUCGA